AGGUCAUCUGAUAGUACGUGACAAAUGACUACAUUGUGUUUUCACUUGCAUUCAGUUUGUUGUUACUGUAAAUUGUCAUUUCUACUGUUAUAGGGAGGAGUUUGACCUGAACAAUCUCAGAUUGAUAAUGGUAAAAGACCCAGAUCCUUAUCAUUUCAAAACAGGAUGAAAAGGAGAGCAUGUGGGUUGAAUUUGUGUCCAAAAUUUAUUCUAAAGUAAUUAUUAGUCUUUAUUCUAAAGUAAUUAUAGUUUAGGCCAAGAGAGUUCCCUUGUUUUAAUUAUUAAAACUUCACAAAAAAUGAAUGUCAUGUUCAUUCAUCACAACAUAUGCCUAAUUUAAAGUAUUGUAGUAUUUACAUUGGUGACGUGGAUAUGUUACAAAAAAUGACUGGUCUUAAUUAAAACUUGUGUAUACAAUAAAGAUUAUAUUAGUGUUUGCAAAUGUGGUGGAGACUCUGCUGUCAAUGGCAGUGGCUCAGGUCAAAAGCUUCCCUCACUUCCCUGCCCUGCCAAGCACGGCCUUUUGUGUCCACACAGAUUCCUUCUUUUGCCCGGGGUAGGCGGAAAUCGAGGCAUUUGAUCUGAAUUCUAAAGAGUCUUGUUGCAGCACAAUAAAGGCCGCCAUUGUAUGUAAAUAGUUUAUAUAAGAGCAUAUGACUGCUACGGUGCAGGGCAGUGGCUAGUGGCGGAGAAAUGAUUAGCAUUUUUCAAGCGCACGGUGUUCUCAAUCCAGCCUCUUGGCUUGCUAAAAAGCAUAAUAUUUUAAUUCAUUUCUUCCCGCUUUGUACACAUUUUUGUGUACCAACACAGCUGAAGACCUGGAGUCGAAAAUGAACUGGGGGGCCUUUUAUGCCGUGAUCAGCGGCGUAAACAGGCACUCUACUGGCAUCGGACGCGUCUGGCUCUCCGUCAUCUUCAUCUUCCGUAUCCUGGUCCUGGUGGUUGCUGCUGAGAGUGUUUGGGGAGAUGAGAAGUCCAGCUUCAUCUGUAACACCCAGCAGCCCGGCUGUAACAGCGUCUGUUACGACCAGUUCUUCCCCAUCUCGCACAUCCGCCUGUGGGCGCUCCAGCUCAUCCUGGUCUCUACCCCCGCCCUGCUGGUGGCCAUGCAUGUGGCUCACCGGCGCCACAUCGACAAGAAGAUCCUGAAGAGGACGGGUCGCUGUAGCCCCAAGGAGCUGGAACACAUCAAGAACCAGAAGUUUCAGAUCACCGGAGCUCUGUGGUGGACAUACAUGAUCAGUAUCCUCUUCAGAAUCAUCUUCGAGGUGGCUUUUCUCUACAUCUUCUACUUGAUCUAUCCUGACUUUAAGAUGGUGCGUUUGGUCAAGUGUGACUCGUACCCAUGCCCCAACACAGUGGACUGUUUUGUGUCCAGACCGACAGAAAAGACCAUUUUCACUGUGUUCAUGCUGACAGUGUCCGGGGUGUGUGUGCUGCUUAACCUGGCUGAGGUCAUAUACCUCAUAGGCAGGGCCUGCAAACGGUGCUUAAGAGGCUCUGAGGACGAGUCCAAAGGAGCUUGGAUAAGUCAAAGAUUGUCUUCUUAUAGGCAAAAUGAAAUCAAUCAGCUGAUAGCAGAUCAUUCUCUCAAGUCUAAGUUCACUGUGACCAAAAAGAGCCCAACUGAGAAGGAUGAACGGUGUUCUGCUUUCUGAGACUCUGCCUGUCCUGUUUCCUUUAAACUAACAGUAAUCACACACAUCCAUGGAUCAUCUUGCUAUGCAUUAAUGUCAAAUAUACUGUAUAUUUGAUCAUGUCAGCAUGCACAUUUAGACUAUAUAUGUAAAUCCAUACUUGUAUAGCGCCUUUCUAGUCUUUUCGACCACUCAAAGUGCUUUUACACUACAUCUGCAUUCACCAGUCACACUCAUUCAUACACUGGCGGAAUAGCCGCCAGGGGCCCGGGGUUCAGUAUCUUGCCCAGUACACCCCAAGGACACUUCGACACGCAACCAGGGGGACCCAGGGAUUGAACCACCGACCUUCCGAUUAACAGCCAACCCGCUCUACCUCCCCGAUGUAUGUAUCAUUCAGUCAAUCGCUUAUUGAUUCAGCUGUUUUUUCUUUAUCUGUAUUACUGACACAAGUGUUACCUGCUGUCGGAACUUGUCUAAACUAUUUGGAGCCAGUAGUGAAGGUUAAAGAACCUUCCCAGUUAUCUCACAUGUUUUAGCCCAAAUCAGUUGACGCUGGUGUCAAUAAUUUGCCAUUUUCAUAUGAAUACAGUACUAGAAGCAGCUUGCCAUGGUGCAAAGUUUCUUGUGCUACUGAAGCACCAAACCAUCAUUCAUUUUUGUCAUACUUUGUGCCUUGUCGUUUGAUAAUGCAGUUCAGGUUUUGCAUUUGUUCAAUGCUGAAGGUGUGGCAGGUUGGUGUUAGAAACCAUCAAUAAUUUACAAGGUAAAUCAUGCCCAUCAAACAUUCAUUUGAAAAACAUAACAUGAAUAUUUACAAUUUCACAUUAUGAAGGUUGCUGUUUGGGGAAACUCAAUUCUUGGUCGUCAGUUUCUCACCAGCACAUAAAAGCACCAAUCAACUGCUUUACCACACAACAAUAAAAUAGCCUUGACGCAAAACAGGAUGGUUCACUUAACAAUGUAACCCGAAGUCUUAACAUGUCGAAUUUCAUACCAUUCUUCAAUUAAAGGGAAUGGGCAGCUGUCGAUGGCACGAUAACAUUACAAACUUAAAAAAAUAAUAAUUUAAAAUUGAAAUAUGCUAUAUAAUAUAUAAGUAUACAUGGUUUCUGGUAAAUCGGCUGGUAAAGUUUUAAGAAGCAAAGGUUACUGUAGAGAUUAAUAUGCCCGAAUAGAAAGUGAAAUUUUUAUUUACAUCAAAAAUAUUGUUAAUAUACCAUAUUUAAUUCCAGUCAGAGUCAAAGGUAAUGGAGGUAAUCAAGGAAAGGUUCAUUUAUGUGAGUAAAUGUCAAUAACGGCCCUUUAAGCAACAGUAUGUGUAGAUUUUAUUAGACUUAAUUAUUUGAUUUUGUGUAACUUUGCGCAGACAGCUAUAACUGAGCUUACUGCUAUGGAAAUAUUAUACCGGUGCUAGAAAACCAAAGAAAAUUUUCAAAUACUGUCCAGAUAUGGACAUCUGCCAUUGAAUAUUAUUGUUCCACAUGUAAAAAAUACAGUUCAUUUGAAAACACUUUUUCACAAACAUAUCUUUUACUACUGUAAACUACUAUUAAUAAUAUAUAUCUGGACAGAGUAGUCAGAAUGGUGCACAGACUAAACGUGUUUACUGUGAUAUUUCAAUAGAGCUUCAUUCUGGAAUCUUUCUUACUAGUGAAGAUGCUACGUGAUUUUCAACUGAUGAAAAGCCCAAAUUACAAGAAUUCAUUCAUUCUUAAUCCCUCUUCACCUCUCUGCUGGGUCACUUCUAGAAUAUUACAAAUCCCAGUACUGUUCAAUUGUGAAUGAUGCCUACUUACUUCACUGAAGCUUCUGUUUGAGGUGAUAUACUAUUUUGUUUCAGAAAAAUGUUUGAGGUUGACCUACUUUUUAACCUUUAAGACCCAUCACUGCCUGACAGUUGCACGUGCUUCCCUUAAUAUUAUCCUGCAUGCUAUAUUAUUCAGUGUCUCUUUGGUCCUGAAAAUGUAACGUCCCAUACGCUGGUAUCUGUUUAUACAACUGUUCUAAAGUUAUUCAUAUUGUAGUGCACACAAAAAACCCUGAUGUUGACAUUUCUACCUAAAUGUACAUGUAUCAAUUUUCAUCCGGGUAAACAAUCCAGUUAAUAUAUAAUAUGGGUUGAAAUGUAAUGUGUACAUUAUGUAACAUAAAGAAAUAAACUGCCUGAUAAUAUGA